AUAGCAAACAAAUGCUUGUAUUUUUUAUUUUGGUCAGGAUUUGCUUUUCUUGUCAUCUUUUUCUGUAUAAGUGGUACACAGAAUGACUGCUUGUCAAUUUUGAAUGUCCUUUCUCCAUACUUCUUCCUAGCAUUCUCAGUUGAAUCCACAACACUGCUCCACAUUUUGUUGUAAAACCUGAACUUGAAUGUAGAAUCUGAUCUCAACUCUCUUUUGUUUUCAGGUAUCUGGUAGAAGCCUCUUUUUGACCCUAUAUCAACUAUUAAACCACCCAACUUAAAGUUAUGAUUCUUUAAAAUAUCCCCUGCAAGACAAUUUUUGCAUGAGAAUCAACAGGUUAAAGAUAAGGCCUAGUCAUGAAGUCCAGUAUUGUGUCUGACUUCACUUCCUGAUGGAAAUAAGGGCCCCUCUUUUAUAUGAGAAAUUUUUUCUAGUAUGCACCAAAGGUUCAAAUUGAGGAAUUAUUAUUUUAGGCAUGAGUACCAGUUGAUUGGAUAUACUUGAAAAUAUACAAUUUGAUAUAAAGUUUAUAGGCAGGAUUUAUUGAAUUUCUUUCUCACAUUCGUUAAGCCUUUGCACAUGUGAAGUGAUUAUUAAUCAUCGUCUUUUUGCUUCCAAUAUGGAAUUCUUGGUCGUCUUGGUAAGUAUCAAUGCAAAAUGGAAAGAAGUGGUUUCUACAACCCUGGCACUGUCUGUCUGUCUUCCCCCUAAAAACAAAGCCUCCACAGAAUCUCCCCAAAAAAUUUCCUUUUAAAAAUUUCCAAGGCAAAGCUAUUUCCUUUUAGUGAAUUUAGAUAAGGCUGAGAUAUGACUGGCUUUUUGAAAACAAAUAAAAAAGGAAAGGUUACCAAAAGGGUGCACAAAAUUAAGCACAGGUGGGGGAAAACAAUAAAACCUAGCACAGGUCUGUUUCAAUCCACAACUGGGUAUACAUAUAUUCUAGCUUAGAAUGUUGGCUUCACGUCCUAUACUCUAAAGAUAGUCAAAUGAAAAAAUUAAAGAUUUUUUAAGAUAUUUUCUUAUAAAAAGCCAUGUUUGACAAUUGUAUGAUAGAAUAAGUAUCAUUUGAAGCUAGAGCUGAAAAGCCAAACAGAAUUUGCUUGCCAGCGUUCACAAUUUCAUUAAUCACGGUUUAUGAAGACAGAAAGAAUAAGUUACCCUCUUAAGGCGUCUGGAUCCCCCACUGGCUUAGGAUUGAGCGGAUGUGAAUGGUGUUGUCUGGACCCUGUCCAGGCUUGUGUAAGUUACUGAUCAUAAGGCUUGUUUUACUGACAGGACGAUCAGCUGUUUGGACGCCCUGUGUUGAUGCAAUUGGAACAAGAUGAAGUAGUCAUAUUGGUUAAAUAGCGGCAAAACACCGGACCCGAAGCAAGCUAGCAAGCUGGCAACCUUCGUCGAUGUUAUGCAAGGAAUACGUCUUGAGAGGGAAAAGACGGCUGUUGUGAAACAAAUUCAAGAGAAAGCAAAGGCCGGUGAGCUGCAGACAGUGGUAACAGCAAAGGCUCCAGGCAAACGACGUCGGAGAUGGGAUCAAACUGGAGACGAGCUACCAGCAAAGAAAAGGCCGGAACAAGCAGAUACUCCAUCCGCUGGGAAAUGGGAUGAGACUCCCGGCAGAACAAAGGCAUCAGAUACCCCCGGUAGAGGAGCAGAAACACCCGGCAGAACUGGUGAAACUCCAGGAACAGCAAGGGGGGAAUCAGAUACCCCUGGAAGGGGAGGUGUGACACCUAGUUCCAGAAUCUGGGAAGCCACUCCAAAUUAUGUACCACAGGGUGCAGCCACACCCACGAAUAUUGGUAUUGGAACUCCUGGACAUGGCACAAGUACAAGACGCAACAAAUGGGAUGAAACCCCGAAGGUUGAUGGCACAGAAACGCCAGGGAGAACACCAGGCUGGGCAGAAACGCCAAGAACCGACCGUCUGGGCGCCGAAACGCCCGGUAUGACACCGACCCCAAGAGGGGGCAAGCGGAGGUCUCGAUGGGAUGAAACACCACAAGCAGCUACGCCAGGAGGCAGCACUCCAAGUGUCAUUACAACACCUGGUCUCACCCCUGGUGGUAUGACCCCUGGUGGAGUCACCCCAAUGCUUGGUGGACCAACCCCAAUUGGAACCCAGGCGAUGCAUAUGCAUACACCCUCACCAGGCCAUCUAAUAUCGAUGACACCCGAACAAAUUGAAGCCUUCCGUUGGGAGAAAGAAAUAGACGAGCGGAAUAGGCCUUUGACUGAUGAAGAGUUGGAUACCAUGUUUCCUUUCGAUGGAUACAAAGUUUUGCAACCCCCGGCUUCUUAUCAACCAAUCAGAACGCCAGCCAGAAAGCUCACUGCAACACCAACACCGCUUGCAGGAAGCUCGGGAUUUCGUAUCCAGACUGAUGAUAAAAGUGCCAAGUUUGUCGAGGACCAGCCAGCGGGUAAUCUCCCCAGCUUGAAACCAGAUGACUACCAGUAUUUCGACAAAUUAUUGGUUGAUGUAGACGAGACAACCCUUUCUGCGGAGGAGCAGCGCGAACGAAAGAUCAUGAAGUUAUUGCUGAAGAUAAAAAAUGGCACGCCACCAAUGAGAAAGGCCGCUUUGAGGCAAAUCACUGACAAAGCAAGGGAAUUUGGAGCUGGUCCACUCUUCAAUCAAAUUCUACCUUUGCUCAUGUCACCGACUCUCGAGGAUCAGGAACGUCAUUUAUUGGUGAAAGUUAUCGACAGAAUUUUAUACAAACUUGAUGAUCUUGUGCGUCCGUAUGUCCACAAGAUUCUUGUCGUCAUUGAACCGUUGCUUAUUGACGAAGAUUACUACGCUCGCGUAGAGGGACGUGAAAUCAUCUCCAAUUUAGCAAAAGCUGCUGGCUUGGCAACUAUGAUUUCCACUAUGAGACCUGACAUUGACAAUAUUGAUGAAUACGUCCGUAAUACCACUGCAAGAGCAUUUGCUGUCGUUGCAUCAGCACUGGGAAUACCAUCCUUAUUGCCGUUCUUAAAGGCUGUUUGUAAGAGCAAAAAGUCAUGGCAGGCAAGGCACACUGGCAUCAAAAUUGUGCAGCAGAUUGCUAUUCUCAUGGGGUGUGCUAUUCUUCCGCAUCUUAAAAAUCUUGUUGAAAUUAUUGAGCACGGUUUGAUAGACGAGCAGCAAAAGGUGCGAACAAUCACAGCUCUCGCUAUUGCUGCUCUGGCUGAAGCUGCAACUCCGUAUGGCAUCGAGUCAUUCGACAGUGUGCUCAAGCCCCUCUGGAAGGGUAUAAGGCAGCACAGAGGAAAGGGUUUGGCUGCAUUUCUGAAAGCCAUUGGCUAUUUGAUCCCACUCAUGGACGCAGAAUACGCUUACCAUUACACGCGGGAAGUCAUGCUCAUUUUGAUUCGAGAAUUUCAGAGUCCUGACGAAGAGAUGAAAAAGAUUGUGUUAAAGGUGGUAAAACAGUGUUGUGCGACAGAUGGUGUUGAGCCCCAGUAUAUCAAAGAAGAAAUCUUGCCGGAGUUUUUCAAGCAGUUCUGGACCCAUCGUAUGGCUUUGGAUAGGCGAAAUUACAAACAGCUCGUUGAUACAACUGUGGAAGUUGCCAACAAGGUAGGAAGCGCCGACAUCAUCGGGCGUGUUGUGGAUGACUUAAAGGACGAAAGCGAGCAGUACAGGAAAAUGGUUUUGGAAACGAUAGAGAAGAUCAUGGCGAAUUUAGGAGCAGCAGACAUCGAUUCGCGCCUUGAAGAACAGCUUAUUGAUGGAAUACUUUACGCUUUCCAGGAACAGACAAACGAGGACAUCGUCAUGUUAAAUGGCUUCGGGACAGUAGUAAAUGCGUUUGGGAAACGUACUAAACCGUAUCUGCCACAGAUCUGUGGUACAAUCCUGUGGCGUUUGAACAACAAAUCAGCGAAAGUUCGUCAACAGGCUGCAGAUUUGAUUGCAAGAAUUUCCCCCGUCAUGAAAACGUGUGGAGAGGAAAAGUUAAUGGGGCAUCUUGGAGUGGUAUUAUACGAGUACCUCGGUGAAGAGUACCCAGAAGUUCUUGGCAGUAUCCUCGGAGCUUUGAAGGCAAUCGUAAAUGUCAUUGGAAUGAACAAGAUGACCCCUCCAAUCAAGGAUCUUCUUCCCAGACUGACGCCUAUUUUGAAAAACAGACACGAAAAGGUGCAGGAGAACUGCAUUGAUCUCGUCGGCCGCAUUGCAGAUCGGGGUGCUGAACACGUCAGUGCAAGAGAAUGGAUGAGAAUCUGCUUUGAGCUGCUUGAGCUCUUGAAAGCUCACAAGAAAGCCAUUCGACGUGCUACAGUAAACACAUUUGGAUACAUUGCAAAGGCUAUUGGUCCCCAAGAUGUCCUUGCCACUCUGCUCAACAACUUGAAGGUGCAGGAACGUCAGCUCCGCGUUUGUACAACCGUAGCCAUUGCUAUCGUCGCAGAGACUUGCUCUCCGUUCACCGUCUUACCAGCCUUGAUAAACGAGUACAGAGUCCCCGAGCUUAAUGUACAAAAUGGCGUGCUGAAAUCCAUGUCUUUCCUUUUCGAAUACAUCGGUGAGAUGGGCAAAGACUACAUUUAUGCUGUGACGCCGUUGCUGGAAGACGCCCUAAUGGACCGAGAUUUAGUUCACAGACAGACAGCAUGCGCUGCAAUCAAGCACAUGGCCAUUGGUGUCGUUGGGUUUGGCUGUGAAGAUGCAUUAGCUCAUUUGCUGAACAGUGUGUGGCCUAAUAUAUUCGAAACCUCUCCACAUGUUGUCAAUGCAUUCACUGAGGCAGUUGAAGGACUUAGAGUUGGCUGCGGUUCAGUGAAAGUUUUACAAUAUGCACUCCAGGGCCUUUUCCACCCGGCUAGGAAAGUCCGAGAUGUCUAUUGGAGGAUAUACAAUUCACUUUAUAUUUCUGCUCAGGAUUCCCUUGUGGCGUCAUAUCCAUCAGUGCCGAAUGACGAGACCAAUCAUUACGUCAGAGAUGAACUGCAUUACUUCUUAUAGAACGUUUUGCGUCACGUGGACAAUAACACUGGCCGUUACUGGUAUAUGUAAAAAAUACAGAGGAGAGGUCUUUGAUGGUGUUUCGUAAUUCCCGUCCGCUACAAACGGAACAAUGCUAAAUCCAUUGAUUGAACUAAGAUUGAUGUCAGCAGUCAAAUGUGCCAACUUUUUAAGGUUGAUUAUUGCUAACCAUGGGACACUGCGCCCUACAUGCUUGCAUAAAGUUAUGUAAGCUUAAACUAAUUUAAUGAUCUUCUUAUGUUAUCUAAAUGCUCCCAAUUUGAGACUUAAAGUGCCAAAAAACAAUGGAUGUUCUAACUUUUUGGGAAUUGUAAAGACGAUUUUUCUCUUGUAUAGACACUUCCCCUCCUCCAAAGUUAAGGAGUCCAUCAGAUGAUUGCUGCCAAGGUGCACAAUUGGCUUUUUCUAUUCAAAACUAUAGCCGAAAGAAUAAUUUUUUAUCGAAAGUUGCUCUUUCGAAUCAAGGUAUUUGUAAGGUAUGAUGCAGACCAUUUAGAGACGGUAUGGUAGAACUGCUAUGUUGUACUAGAUUGUAGUGUAGACAUUCAGCUAAUUCUUGUCUA